UGACGUGAUAUCGUAAUCUGCAAGUAAGUUAUUCAAAUAUUUAGUAUUCAAUUAAUGUUUCCGAAGCUUUUUAAAAUUUAACUAUGAAAUAUGAACUAUGACUGAUGUCAAAUUUGUAAAUAAUAGAAACAUUUAUAUAUAACAGAACGUUGUGGUCGACAAAUUGUAUCACUUUUGUCAAAAGGAUUUCACCAUUAUCUAGUGGAUUUCACCACUGAGAGUGGAUGGGUGUAGUGCAAUGUUGUGAAUCGACUGAUGUUAGUAUUUUGGACUGUGAGAUGCGAACCUGAUGAUCUAAACCUUAAAGACUCAACAUGAUUCUCGAAGUAGUCACGAUUGAACACUGCCCUGGAGGUUCAUACUGAGACAACAAGUCAAAUCUAAUGAUCUUGAAUCUCCCACAGUUGUUACUUGAACUCUGUCUUUGAUGAAACAUUAUGAAUUGAACAAUCUCCACAUAUAUAUAACAAAUAUUCUUUGAGUAGUAAAAACUGUUCAAUAUACAUUACGAUGCAUUAUCAAACUUCAUUUCAUCAAUUCACUCCAUGUAUUACGCAAAAUGGAAUCAGUAUUCACUGUAUAAAACAGAAAUUUAAAUAUCCAACUAAUUGAACAUGGUCAACAAAAUAGUUAAAUAACACAUGAGAUAUGUAGGUUGAUUCUCUCAGAGAUUUAUGGAAUAAUGGAAAGUUAACAUACGAUGAAAAAGUUCGUCAAUCCUUACUAUAUUCUGUGCUAACAUAUACAGAUGGAGCAAUUAGACCAGCAUUAGCUUUUAGAUUUUAAAUAGAGAAAAGUCAAACAAUCAACCAUUUUUCAAUAUAUUGAUCUUGACUAACAUAUAUCAGAUGAUAUGUUGUUAUUUUGAUGACUUCUGAAUCCAAACACAUGUUAUCGUUGUGAGAGACUGCUUCGUCUAUAGACCACCGUUUCCUUCACGCACUUUGUCAGUUUAUAACAUCAAAACAUCCACGAUGCUCUGUGAAUAUCUCAAUUUAUACGCGUGACGGCCUAUAAACUGCACAUUUGUUAAAAUUUUAUUUUACCAUAAAGGCAAAUAUUUCAAGUUAAUUUGAAUCUGAAUCACCUCCGAAUGAUGAUCAAAUAUACUUCCGAUGUUGUUUUAUUAUGUACAACUCUACUGCUGAAUACCCAAAUAGGUAUGGAGAGCAAACCGUCAAAAAAACCUUCAUAAAUCGAAGUGGGUCAUUUAACAAAACACUUCCAAAUUUCAUUGAUAUUAAAAACAAAAAUGUAUUCGAAGGUUGGAGAGAGUACUCAGAUAAAGUUCAACGAUCGAAAGCCACACUCGUACCACUUUAUGAACAGAGUUUUGCUGGCGUCCACAAAAUAAUUAUUGGUCCAGUUUUGCCAGCAUAUGACGGUGCAGUAAUUGAUCUUCAUAGACAAGGUCUUAAUUCUACUUUCAAACUGAUCUUUUAUGAAAACUGUGUGGAUGUACAAAAUUGUGUAUCAUAUAAGUCAAAUUUCGAGACAUCUGGCGUACGACAACAAAUAGAAAUACCAUUCAGCAAAUUUACACUGCACUGUCGUGGAAGACGGAUAUCUAAUACAAUUCCAUAA